AGCUCUCAGUGGCUUAUUAAAUUGAGGGCACGCACACUUGUGUUUUGGACUACAAUACCCGAGAACAUUAUCAACAACAUACCUCUCUCUCUGGCCCAGUGUACCACGAGGUGGCAGCACAGUGCAAAAAAUAUGUUGUUAUCAGGAAAAUGGCGUCCAAUGUUGAGGCCCCGGAAUCAUGGUACCUCGCCCUCUUGGGUUUUGCAGAACAUUUUCGAACCUCAAGUCCACCCAAAAUUCGUCUGUGCGUACACUGUCUACAAGCCGUUUUCCAGUUUAAGCCGCCUCAAAGGGUUGAGGCGAGGACGCAUCUUCAGUUGGGCUCGGUGCUCUACCACCAUACCAAGAACAGCGAGCUAGCGCGUAGCCACUUGGAGAAAGCGUGGUUUAUAUCGCAGCAAAUUGCUCAGUUUGAAGAUGUCCAGUUUGAGGCUGCUAGUCUCUUAUCAGAACUCUACUGCCAGCAGAACCUGGUGGAUUCUGCGAAACCUUUGCUGCGGAAGGCCAUCCAGAUUUCACAGCAAACCCCCUAUUGGCACUGCAGGUUGCUGUUUCAGCUAGCGCAACUCCACACGCUGGAGAAAGACCUGGUGUCUGCCUGUGACCUGCUGGGCGUCGGAGCAGAGUAUGCCAGAGUGGUGGGUUCAGAGUAUACCAGGGCCCUCUUCCUCCUGAGUAAAGGAAUGCUGCUCCUGAUGGAGAGGAAGCUGGGCGAGAUGCACCCGCUGCUGACGCUGUGCGGGACCAUCGUGGAGACGUGGCAGGGGAACCCCAUCCAGAAGGAGUCCCUCAGGGUGUUCUUCCUGGUGCUGCAGGUCACACACUACCUGGACGCAGGGCAGGUGAAGAGCGUGAAGCCGUGUCUGAAGCAGCUGCAGCAGUGCAUCCAGACCAUCUCCACACUCCACGACGACGAGGUCCUGCCUAGCAACCCCGCAGACCUCUUCCAUUGGCUGCCCAAAGAGCACAUGUGUGUGCUUGUUUACCUGGUGACGGUCAUGCACUCCAUGCAAGCUGGGUAUCUGGAGAAGGCUCAGAAGUACACAGACAAAGCACUUAUGCAGCUUGAAAAGCUAAAAAUGCUGGACUCCAGCCCCAUCCUCUCCACGUUCCAAGUCAUACUGUUGGAGCACAUCAUCAUGUGUCGACUCGUCACCGGCCACAAAGCAACAGCCGUACAGGAGAUCUCCCAAGUGUGCCAGCUGUGUCAGCAGUCCCCCAGGUUAUUCAGCAACCACGCCGCCCAGCUCCACACUCUAUUAGGUCUGUAUUGUAUCUCAGUAAACUGCAUGGACAACGCAGAGGCCCAGUUUACCACAGCUCUGAGGCUCACCAGCCACCAGGAGCUCUGGACCUUCAUUGUGACCAACCUGGCCACCGUCUACAUCAGGGAAGGAAACAGACACCAGGAGCUGUACAGCCUGCUGGGAAGAGUAAACCCAGACCACAAUUUCCCCGUGAGCUCCCACUGUCUCCGUGCCGCAGCUUUCUACAUCAGAGGACUACUCUCCUUCUUCCAAGGACGCUACAACGAGGCCAAGCGGUUCCUGAGGGAAACUCUGAAGAUGUCCAACGCUGAGGACCUGAACAGACUGACGGCCUGCUCCCUAGUGCUGCUAGGACACAUCUUCUUUGUGUUGGGAAACCACAGGGAAAGCAACAACAUGGUGGUUCCAGCGAUGCAGCUGGCCAGUAAGAUCCCAGACAUGUCUGUCCAGCUGUGGUCAUCUGCCUUGCUGAAAGACUUGAACAAAUCCCUGGGGAACACCAUAGACGCCCAUGAAGCCGCCCAGAUGCACCAGAACAUCUCCCAGCGGCUCCUGCAGGAUCACAUCGCCGCCUGCAGCCUCCCCGAACACAACCUCAUCAGCUGGACGGAGGGUCCGCCUCCGGGGCAGUUCCAAGCCCAGAACGGCCCCACGACCAGUCUGGCCAGCCUGCUGUGAGACGAUCAGCGUCCUUCUCACCGCUCGGCCCCCUGGGAUUGGAGAGAGCCAUCGUCAUGCAUCAGAUGUUUCCUGAGGGAAGCCUGCUCACAUACAUAUUUAUUAUAUUUUUUUUAUUUAACCGUUGAAAACAUUUUCUUUUUCUUUUUAUGAAAGCUUUUUUUUUUUUUUUUUUUACUUGUGCAUUGAAGCUCAAGAAAUGGAUUUAGACCUUUUUUAUAUGGACACUAACCGAUUUAAGAUUUCACCAUUACUAGAUUUUUUUGUUGUGUUGCACCAAUAAAUACUUCUGACCUCU